GGAACGGUAAAAUGGAUAAGCAGUUGGAGGUUUCUCUUUCUCCUCUCAUACCGUUUUCUCAUACUUUGAUCUUUUCAGGAAAGCACCGGUGUGUGAAGUGUGGGACCUCACUUAAGACCUUGUUUUUCUGUCUGUGGUGCUUCUUGGAGCUCCUGGCAGAAACUCGCAGCGCUAAGAUCUUUAAUUCGAUUCUUAGGGAACCCUUGGACUGUGGAGUUAAGUCUUUGCUGCCUCAGAAUUCUGUUUGCUCAUAAAACGGAAUACUGCUAGAGGCCGGGAUCCCAGUCGUACGUCGGGUGGGAGAGAGGCGUGGCUACAUUUUUCAAAUUGGGCCAUUACUUGCCCCGCGAUCGUUUUUCAUUAGUUAUCACGGUAGGGUGGACCUAUAUGAUUUAUUUAUUCCUGGAGUUGUCUUAUCAUGGCUGAAAAUGACAUAGACAGAAUCCAGACUGAGAAACUCCUAAAAAGAGUACAAGAACUGGAGCAGGAGGUACAAAGACUUAAAGAACAGACCAACAACAAGGACUCAAAUAUUAGAGAAAAUUAUUCAGGAACUGGAAAAGCUAAGCGUGCAUUUGAUUUCAGUGCUCAUGGUCGAAGACACGUAGCCCUAAGGAUAGCCUAUCUGGGCUGGGGCUACCAGGGCUUUGCCAGUCAAGAAAACACAAACAAUACAAUUGAAGAGAAACUCUUUGAGGCUCUAACCAAGACUCGACUAGUAGAAAGUAGACAGACAUCCAACUAUCACCGGUGUGGGCGAACAGACAAAGGAGUUAGCGCCUUUGGACAGGUGAUUUCUCUUGACCUUCGUUCUCACUUUCCAAAUGGCAGGGAUUCAGGGGAUUUUAAUUUAAAAGAUGAAGUCAAUGAUGCUGCUAAAGAGAUCCGUUAUACCCACAUUCUCAAUCGGGUGCUCCCUCCAGACAUCCGUGUACUGGCCUGGGCCCCUGUAGAACCCAGCUUCAGUGCUAGGUUCAGCUGUCUUGAGCGGACUUACCGCUAUUUUUUCCCUCGUGCUGAUUUAGACAUUAUAACCAUGAACUCUGCAGCUCAGAAGUAUGUUGGCACACAUGAUUUUAGGAACUUAUGUAAAAUGGAUGUAGCCAACGGAGUGAUUAAUUUUCAGAGGACUAUUCUGUCUGCUCAAGUACAGCUAGUGGGCCAGAGCCUGGCUGAGGAGAGAGGGCAAGAACCUUUCCAGCUGUGUCAGUUUGAAGUGAUUGGCCAGGCCUUCCUGUAUCAUCAAGUCCGUUGUAUGAUGGCCAUCCUUUUUCUGAUUGGCCAAGGAAUGGAGAAGCCAGAGGUUAUUGAUGAGCUGCUGAACAUACAGAAAAAUCCCCAGAAACCUCAAUACAGUAUGGCUGUAGAAUUUCCUCUAGUCCUAUAUGAUUGUAAGUUUGAAAACAUCAAGUGGAUCUAUGACCGGGAGGUUCAGGAGUUCAAUGUUACCCACCUACAACAACUCUGGGCUAAUCAGGCUGUUAAAACUCACAUAGUGUAUAGUAUGCUGCAAGGACUGGACUCUGCUGCAGUACCCUGUGGGACAGGACCAAAGAUGGAUGGAAUGAUAGAAUGGAGAAAUGUUACGCCUUCUGUCAUAAAGCAGACCAGUGCCUUUGUAGAAGGAGUGAAAAUGCGCACGUAUAAGCCCCUAAUGGAUCGUCCUAAAUGCCAAGGAUUAGAAUCCCGGAUCCAGCAUUUUGUACGUAGGGGACGCAUUGAGCACCCACAUUUAUUCCAUGAGGAAGAAACAAAAGCCAAAAGAGACUGUAAUGAAAAACUAGAGGAAGAAAAUACUAUUUUGGAGAAACCAGCAAAGAGAAUCUGUGUUGAUACAGAAAUUAAAACCAUCAUUUAACCAUAGAAAAUGCACCAGGAUCUAGGAGGCAAUAACUAGUUAAGUGGGUAGGUGGGUAGAAAGAAAAUACAGAAAAAUACUUACUGCAAGAAGUCCUAGAAAUUCAGAUGAUCGGCUCUCUAAAAACAAAAACCAAAAAAGACCAUAGGUCCUAUUAAGCAAGUUCUUACUUGAAGAAGAAAGAAUUCAAACAUUCCGUCAUUCCUUCCUACACAGAAGGAUUAAGAGGUAGAAGCAGCAAAAAGCAGCUGUAAAAUGGAGAGCUGUUUAUGUACACCUGGAAGCCUGUGCCUUGUGUUCACAUACAUUGAAGCCCGAUCCGGCUGGUGUCUGCUUUGCUGUGCUGUCCUUUUAAAAGCAAAUGAGAUACUCACUAUCAUCUGAAUUCUCAUAAAGAGCUUUGCCCGAGUGUCUUAUUUUCUAAGACAGAAGUUAAAAAUAGGAAAUUUGGUCAGUUAAAUAUUUGCUAAAUUAGUUUAGCGCCACGCACAAUAGUACCUGAAGUGACCUAACUGAAUAAGACAGCAUCUCUUAGAAAGCUUAUCAGACUAGUGCUCUGUAAGCCACAAAUGGUCUCUGGUGCAUGGUUUUUUUUUUUUUUUUUUACAAUCUUUUACAUAUGUAAAAAACACUGUCGCUCAUGACCUAUAUAAAAACAGGCCAUGUAGUUUACUAACCCCUGGUCUAGUGGUUUAAGGAAAGCUCUUACAAGAGGAGAUAUCCAAGCUACAUCUUGCACAACCAGUGGGAGCCAGUUAAAGUGGGAAUAAAGAAGCAGUUUUAAGUGUGUCUAAGGCAGAAGAUGCAGUUUGUGUCAAGGGUUAAAGAUGACAGCUCUUGCAUUCAGGUAACUGUAAAUACAGUAGUAUGGCUUGAGUGACAAAAGCAUAGUUUAGAAAGGUGAGCAAGGAUGAUGUUUGUGCAGCCUUGUAGGCCUUCCCCAAGAUGCUUAGAUUUUAUCUUCAGAGGCCACUGGGAAAAAACAUGAAAAGCCAGAGUUGUGUAGCAAAAAUACUGCUCUGGGUAUGGUGCGGACUGGAUGAGGGCAAGACAGUGGGACCAAUUAGGAGGCUGUUGAAGUAACCAAGAAAAUAGAUGAUGAUGGCCCAGACUAGAUUUGUACUGAGGGGGGUGGAGAGAGUAGGUGAAUUUGAGAUUAAGAAAGGAGAAGUAACAGCACUCUGUGGUUGAGAGAAUGGGAGGUUCAAAAGUAGGAAGCUUUCAGGUUAAGUCCGAGGGUCCGAUUUAAGCCUAUCUGAGACACACUGGGACAGGAACAUGAAGUGGGGCUUUGCUUGUUCUCAAAGUUGAUAACCUUCAAAAUAUUACUAAAACAGCAAUAUUUAUUCAGAAGAGUUCAAAGUUCUCUUAAAUACAUUAUCCUUUAUAGCAAUUAAAAUAAUAAAGUAAAUGAACUGAGA